AGUCCAACAGGAUGCGCGUGCGUACUAGAUUCGAGCGCCAUUUUCGGAUGUCAACAAAAGAUGGCGUACCGACCUGUCCAGGUUUUCGCUUCUCUGGCCCAAAAAGAUCGCGACAAAAAAGCCAGAUUCGUGGACGAGAACGAAGAUAAAGACCGGAGGGUUGUGAGGAAGAAUGAAGUCGAGGUUUCGGCGACGGGGGAGCUUUCUCUGCCGCCCGAUCGUGCCAGAGUGACAGUUGUAGUGAGCAGUAAGAAGGAAGCUGUGAUGGAAGCUAAGACCAGCGUACAGAGACGGCUGGACUACAUCGUACAGGUGCUGCAGACUCACCAUGUCAAGGAAGGGGACACCCAGAUCUCCAAAGUGAUCCAUAGAGUGGACGGACUGUACCACAUGGAGGGGGAGGUCAGGGUGGUGUUUGUGGACUUCCUGAAGUGCCAGGGCGUGUGUAACUUCCUGGUGGAGAAGAUGGACGAGUCGGUCGUCGUGGCAACCCCAGAGUUCUUCCACAGUCCGCAGAGGCUGGAGGAGCUCAGACGACAAGCGUGUCUCCUGGCUGUGAGAAAUGCACGACAAAAAGCGGUGGAAGUCGCUCGGCUGCUCCGUUCGACCGUGGGUCAGCCAAUCAGCAUCAGGGAAGAGAGCUGUCGGGAGUGGGAGGGGCCGCCAGCUCAGGGACAGUCACAUGACCAAGACAAGCCAAUGACGUACCAGGAGAGAAUUGCCAUGGCAACAGUGACAGUUCAGGCCAAGGUGUUUGCCAGUUUUGAGCUGAAACCCAAGGAGAAGGGAAGAGCUCCCUCUGGGGGGAGAUAGCAGUACUGCAUGCUAUUUUGCCUCAGACUUUUGUGUUAUUUUUGUAUUCCCUAUUGGCACAGGAAAGAAAAAAAUAACAACUGUUUUUUUGCUUGUCACCAAGUUACCUAGAAAGACACAGGAUUCAGUAUAAAGUAAGGAUGCCUCCAGGACCUGUUCCUUAGUGCCGGAAUGGAAAUUUGCUAGUUGUGAUGAACAAACAUUGCACCCUGUCUGUCCCCAAACUCAUUGAUUUUUGUGACAUUAAAUUGAUGAUUUAACAAAAAUUUAACAAUAAGUGAGAUGUGAAAAAAAAUCUGAAGACAGCACUGGUAUAAAGGUAGCAGGAUCUAGGUCCCUCAGGACCCUGGCAUACAUAUGGGUACUUGCUUAGGCAGGUAGUUAGGAACCUAAAAAGAUAUGGUUGGCAGAGUUUUUACUUGUAAUCAACAAUGUUUCAUAUUUAUUGAGCAAUUUUCGAGUUUGAAACAUGAGAAGUGCCAAGGUUUGUCAAUAAAUAAAGAAGAUGCGCAGCUUGCAAGAUAACAUGUAAAAACAGCCAUAUUACAACUGUUAGUAAUUUGUCCACAAGUGAAUAAUGCUACUAUAAUGAUCUUAACUCGUGUGUCAUGUUGUUUUGAAAAGAUGAUAGAUGGGUAGCAGAGAGAAAAUACACGUGUGGGAGCAUUU